CAAUUACAUUGGGAAUUCAGACACCAUGCAAGGAGAGUUGGGCAAUGGAAAAUGUCAGCAACAAAAACAUCAGCAACAACAACAACAGCAAGUCGCAAAAACUUGCUGCCCAGAUCCAAAAAUGCAACAGUCGACAGCAACUUCCGCUGUGCGUCACGCCGGCUGCACAACCCACUUCGACAACACCAACGUGCCCCAACGCCCUUCGAGCAGCAGGAACAGCAGCAGGAGCUGCCUGACUGGCAACAGCUACAGUCGUCGCUCGAUAAAUGCAACAUCCACGUUUCAAACAGGAUUGCGUGCUGUAAAGCUGUACGGACUGACUGAUUGAUCGAUUGACGGAUUUGUGAUUAACGCACAGAAC